AUGGAUUGGACUUCCCUCCUGUUUAUGCUUGCAUCUCUGCGCUUAAUCGGCUUGAGCCCGUUAAUCUCGGUGACGGAAUUGCCUCCUUACAAUCCUCAACACGCAGACACUUCUAGUUGUUACCAUACUGCGGGAGCCACCACUGCCGCCAACAACAUUCCUUAUAAACCUCAAUUCACUCCGUCGUUCCCGCAGCAAUUACCACAGACUACCAGCAAAGCUGUCCAAACAAUCUCCCCGUCACCUCCUCCCACACGCAGUGCCGGCGUCCAAGCGAACCUGCAUCCCAUUACACCGUCGCAAGAACAUCAUCUCCGUCGUCUACUGGAACAUGCUGAGCGCGUGAUUUCAAAUUUAAACACUAUCCAACAAUCCCCUUCUUCUCCUUACGUUUUUCUUCACCAUGAGUACACUGCAGUCGAUUGUUUUAGAGAUCACAUAUCUCAAUUCCUCGACAGCUCUCACACAGAAGACUAG